GGAACAAUGGCUCUACCUAUAAACCCCAUGGAUGAACCCAGGUUGUACCAGCAGACGCUGCUCCAGGACGGCUUGUAUGACCUGCUGGAGAAUGAGAAGCUGGUUGACUGUGUGCUGAAGAUCAAAGGCAAGGAGUUCCCCUGCCACCGGCUGGUCCUGUGUGCCUGCAGCUCGUACUUCCGCUCCAUCUUUCUGUCUGACCUGGAUGAGGAAAAAAAGAAAGAGAUUGUCUUGGAAGAUGUGGAGCCAGGUGUCAUGGGGCUUAUCCUGAAGUACCUGUACACCUCCAAAAUUAAUGUGACAGAGCAGAACGUUCAGGAUAUCUUUGCUGUGGCCAACAUUUACCAGAUUCCCUCUAUUUUCACUGUAUGUGUGUCUUUCCUACAGAAGCGCCUGAGUCUCAGCAACUGUCUGGCUAUCUUCAGGCUCGGUCUGAUGCUGGACUGUUCCAGGUUGGCUGUCUCUGCUCGAAACUAUGCCUGCGAGCACUUCCAUCUCAUCUCCAGAGAUGAGGAGUUCCUCCAACUGCUCCCCAGUGAGCUGGCAGCCAUUUUAUCAAACGACAAGCUGAACAUAGACACCGAGGAGGCAGUCUUUGAGACUUUGAUGAACUGGGUGUCCCGAGACACAGAGAGCAGGGAGAAGGAACUGCCAGGUUUGCUGGAUUGCGUGCGUUUCCGUCUGCUCACUGAGGAUUACAUGAAAGAAAAAGUGGAGAGUCACAAAUUAAUCUCCUCCAGUCCUGAGUUACAGCAGAAACUCCAGUUGGUUAAGGAUGCUCGGGCUGGGAAAAUGCCAGAGGUUAAAAAAAGCAAAAGCAAGAACGAGGAGGGUGGAGCGCAGAAAGAUGGCGAGGAUGAGGAUAACGAGGAAGAUGAGGAAGGUUUACUUCCAGGAAUUCUGAAUGAUAACCUGCGAUUUGGCAUGUUUGUGAGGGACCUGAUCCUGAUGGUCAAUGAGAAAGGUGCGGUGGCCUACGACCCAGCAGGGAACGACUGUUUUGUGGCGGCGCUCUCCACACAGAUUCCCAAGAAUCACAUCAGCCUGGUCACCAGGGAGAAUCAGAUCUUUGUGGCUGGAGGAUUUUUCUUUGAUGAACAGAACAAGGAAAACCCAAUGUGCUCUUACUUCCUACAGUAUGACCCAGUUGGUGCUGACUGGCUGGGUAUGCCACCUCUUCCAUCAUCCCGCUUCCUUUUCGGGCUGGGCGAGGCUGAGAACUCCAUCUUUGUGAUGGGAGGGAGGGAACUGAAGGAGCAGGAGCACACGUUGGACUCAGUUCUGGUCUAUGACAGACAAUCUUUCAAAUGGGGGGAGUCAGAGCCUCUUCUUUACCCAGUCUAUGGACAUGCAACAAUAUCCCACAAGGAUGUUGUUUAUGUGAUUGGCGGAAAGGGAGAAAACAAGACCUGUCAGAGAAGGAUGUGUGCAUAUGAUGCCAGGAGGUUUGAAUGGAAGGAGCUGGCUCCUAUGAAGACUGCACGUUCUUUAUUUGGAGCCACUGUUCAUAAGGACAAAAUCUACGUGGCAACUGGAGUCACUGACACCGGCCUGACAGACUCUGUGGAGGUGUAUGACAUCGCAACCAACAAGUGGUCAGACUUUGUAGCAUUUCCCCAGGAGCGCAGCUCUCUCAACCUGGUGUCGUUGGCCGGAUCACUCUUCGCUGUGGGAGGUUUUGCCAUGAUGCCUCUGGAGGACAGUGACGAGCUUGUUCCAAGAGAGAUGAAUGACAUCUGGAGGUACAAUGAGGCAGAGAAAAAGUGGACCGGGGUCCUCAGGGAGAUCCUGUAUGCUUCAGGAGCCACUGUUCUGGGGGUCCGACUCAACACCCUACGUCUCACCAAGAUGUAAAAACCCCCUUUGGUCCAUGUUUGUCAUCAGAAAUCUGUGCUGUUACCCACUUUCAACAGUUCAUUUGAGUUAAGGAUAAUGACAAUGAGCUUGUUUGAUGUUCAGUUUGUUGUCUUUUACACUGUUUUAAUUAUAGCUCUGUAAUUGUGAUUCUGGCAUAAUAAGGAGGACUAUCUUAUUUUGAUUAAGACAUUUUUAUAAUUGUGUGUUUCAGUGAUUUUAAAACUAUAAACAAUCUGCAGCCCACUGACAUUUUUUGCACUGUAUGUAAUAAAAUGUAA